AUGGAUUCUUGGACUGCUAACAUGUGUACCUAUGCUGCGGGGAAAUCCGCUUUCGCCCGGGUCCUUCUUGAAGUUCCUUUUAGGCAAGCUUGGAUGGAUUAUGUCAAUGUCCGUAUCCCGGAUCCGGACACUGGUUCUAUGACCCUUCACUCCCUUCGUGUUGAAUAUGAAUGGAAACCCCCUAUGUGCACUGAUUGUCAUAUAUUUGGUCAUUCUACUUCUGCUUAUUUGACGGCUAUUUCAAAAUCUGAUACUAUUGUGACUACCACAAAUGAGCAAACCACUUCUGGCAAGAAAAUUAUGAUAGUUAGUGAAGGAUUUCAGACCCGUGUUCUCAAGCAAGGCCAAAAACCUAAGGCAUCGAUACCCAUAAUGAGGAAGGAGUACAAGAAGAAGGAGACCCACCCCCUUGCUUCUAAAGGGAAACAUGUUGAUGCAAAAAUGAAAGAAAAGAUGAUGGCCACCCCACGUCAAGAAGUUCCAAAGGAUGACCUCCUGGAUGAGAGUGAUAGGAUUGAGGUUGAGUCGGAUGAUGGCGACACCGCCCGAUUUGUUGCUUGUGAUAUCCCUAUUCCCCAGAGAGCUUUGAGAGAUCUCAUCCGGGAAUCCAAUCUUCAAAUUUGUGCUGCUCUUGAGUCACGUGCUGCUGUUUCUAGUCUUCCAUCCAUCUGUGAGAGAGUUUUUGGGUCUUGGUCCUGGGCCUCUAAUGGUUCUCUUUGCCUUAGAGGAACCCGUAUCAUUGUUGCUUGGAACCCUGUCCAUGUCGACAUGAUGCUUUUAAAUGCCACCGAUCAGGUGAUGCAUUUUCAGCUUAAGAUCUGUGACUCCUCUAAGAUUCUUUUCCUGUCCGUGGUGUAUGCUGAUAAUUACCAUAUCGCCCGUCGCCAGUUAUGGGCUUCUCUUAAGGGCCAUAAAAAUGUCGUUAAGGACACCCCAUGGUUUAUCAUGGGAGAUUUCAAUGUUGCCCUUGACCCUAAGGACAGCUCCUCUGGCAUAUCGGGCCCAAAUCGUGGUAUGGAUGAUUUUCGUCAUUGUGUCCGACACCUUGAGGUGGAGGAUGUCAAUUUCAAGGGUCUGUUCUUUACUUGGACUAAAAAUCCCAACGGUACGGGAGGUCUUCUUAAAAAGAUUGACCGUGUCUUGGGCAAUUCUCAUUCUCUUGCCCGUUUCCCUUCUGCUUCUGUUGUGUUUCUUCCCUAUCGGUCUUCGGACCAUAGCCCGACGGUUCUUACUCUUCCGUCUAACUCUCCUCGUAAACCCAAACCCAUCAAGUUCCCCAACCUUCUUACGUACAAAGAACCUUUUCUGAAUGUUGUGUCCUCUCAUUGGCACCCUGAUCUUGUUGGUCGUGAGAUGUAUAAGAUUUCUCAAAAUCUUAAAAAUCUCAAAGGGCCCCUCCGUAAGAUGCUUAGUGAUCAGGGUAAYCYUCWUUCUAAAGUUGCUAAGUUACGGCUUGAGCUUGACAGGGUCCAGAUUGCGCUGGAUUUGGAUCCUGAAAAUGGGGCCCUCCGAGAGGAGCACUGUGGGUAUUUAUCUGCCUACAAUAGUGCCUGUCUCGAUGAGGAACGGUUCCUAAGCAAAAAGCCAAGAUCAAUUGGCUCCGUGAAGGAGAACGAAAUUCUUCUUUCUUUCAUAAGUCGGUCAAGAGUUGUAUCAGCAAGAAUCACAUCGAUACCAUUCAAAAUGCUGACGAUUAAUACCAAUCAAGCCGCCAUGAUGCUUGCUCCUGUUAUUGACUCCGAGAUCAAGCAGGCCCUUUUCCAGAUGGGAGAUGAUAAAGCUUCGGGGCCUGACGGUUUCACUUCUAAAUUUUUCAAAGCCGCUUGGAGUGUUGUUGGCCAGGAUGUGUGCUCCGCCGUUCGUGAAUUCUUCAGGAAUGGUGAGAUCUUAAAGUCUAUCAAUAGCACCAUUCUCGCCCUUAUCCCCAAGACGGAUGCCCCGUCUCGUGUUACUGAUUUUCGGCCUAUCGCUUGCUCCUCUUACUCGGUCAGUAUUAAUGGAAACCUCCAUGGCUACUUCAAGGGUGGCCGUGGCCUUAGGCAGGGCGAUCCUCUUUCCCCUUAUCUCUUCACCCUGGUCAUGGAGGUCCUCAACCUCUUGACCAAAAGAAAAAUUCGUGAAACAGGCACCUUCUCCUAUCACCGGAAUUGUGAGGAGCAGAAUAUCACCCAUAUCUGCUUUGCUGAUGAUCUCCUCAUUUUAUGUCAUGGUGAUAGUGACUCUGCCCGGGUCAUAAAGGACUCCCUUGAUGAAUUUUCGAGUGUGUCGGGUCUCUUUCUGAGUCCGGCCAAAUGUGAGGCCUUCUACUGUAAUGUUGGCCAGCACACCAAGGAGUCCAUUCAAUCCAUCACCCAGUUUCCGGAGGGUUCCCUCCUUGUGCGUUAUCUCGGUGUCCCUCUCAUUACCACUCGUCUCUAUCAUAGGGACUGUAAGGGACUUGUUGACAAGGUCAACUCUAGGAUUAAUGACUGGAAGAAUAAGUCUCUCUCGUUUGCCGGUAGACUGCAGCUCAUUCUCUCGGUCCUGUCCUCGAUGCAGAUCUAUUGGGCCUCUAUUUUUGUGCUUCCGAUUUCCAUAUCUAAAGAGAUUGAGAAGCUCAUGCGGGGCUUUCUGUGGUGCCAUGGUGAGCUUAAAAGGGGGAAAGCUAAGGUCUCCUGGAAGACUGUCUGCCUCCCCAAGUCUCAAGGCGGGCUGGGUAUCAAGAGCCUCGCCACCUGGAAUCUUGCCCUUAUGGCCUCCCACACUUGGCAAAUCCUUACCAAUAGGGAUUCGCUUUGGGUUAAAUGGAUCCAUUCCUACAGGUUGGAAGAUCGUAACUUCUGGAAUGCUCCGAUACGCAGUGAUGUGGGUUGGGGCUGGAGGAAGAUCCUUGGUAUGAGGGAGAAGAUAAGAGACUUCAUUGUCUCCCAGAUUGGUGAUGGCGCUUCCACGUCUGCCUGGUAUGAUAACUGGCAUCCGGCUGGCCCCCUCUACCGGCAUAUCUCCUCCCGUAGUAUUCUCAAUUCUGAUCUCUCUCUCUCUGCUUCUGUCAGAGAUAUUGUUUCCCAGGGCAAUUGGACGUCUCCUCUCCUGAGGGACUUUUCAAACCCUUCUAUCUGUGUCUCUCCCCUCCCCAUUCUUUCUCCGACCACCCCUGAUAAGCUCCUCUGGAGAACUCGGGAUGGUCGUCUCACUCAUUUCUCUGUCCGUGAGGUGUGGCUUUCCCUUCGUCCUAAUGAGCCUGAUGUCUCCUAG